ACGUGCGCAGGUGACGUCACAAUCAUAGGAUCCACUUCCAGGAUGCGCAGCGUUCAAACACACAAUAAUCGUCUUUCUGACUGUUGCCGUUUGUCUUUCGUGUAAAUCAUUCAACUAUGCUAAGUGGCUUGAUAGACUACAUUUGGGGCCCAGAGAUAAACUACCAUGCGAAUGGCGAUCAGGACAAGGAUUUCGUUCAUAUAGAUCUCAACGAACCCAUUGAAGACGAUUGGGUACAUAUAGAAGAGCCAGAACCACCACAAACAAAUGAAGAUCGUCCUGCUGACGCAGAUGACAGCGCCUCGAUGACCAGUGAUGGCAGUUGGAUUGUUACGCCGCCAGAAUGUUUCACGAGACCGCUGUGUGAAGAGCCAGAACAAAAUGAACUGGAAGAUCUCCUGAUCGAACACCCCAGCAUGUCUGUAUAUCACGAUGUCCCAUCCCGCCAACACCACGCCAGGCCUAGGGUAGCAGCGCGGGAUCUGGCAAUCGUCCAAGGGGGUCUAGACAACCGAUCGGAAGUAACAUUGGGACUAGCUGCCAGCUGCCAAGUAGCACAUACUCGUCGUCGGUCUACACGCUCCUCCAAGUGUAAGGAAACACGCAAGGCGUUGAAGCGACAUAACCUGACUCAUGUACACUGGACAAAGAAAUCUCUGCAUCAGAGGCGAUACUCUCAACGAGGCAUAUUGUGUCCUCGCAAACAUUAGACACAUCUCUAGGCUAAUACGUCAAUAGCAAUAUAAAUAUGUAGUUAGUUGUUUUGUAUCUAAGGAUUGCAGCAUCAUAAGUUACUCCUUGACUCAGAUCAUCUGAUGUAUACUGCACCUAUUUAAAUGUUAUAUUCGCAACAGGCAAUAGGAAUGUAA